CCCAAGUCCCCUCCUCCAUAAAAUCGAGUCGGCCAUUUUCAUUUUGGUCGUUCGUGUCGUUCUUCGGUUUUUGCUUGUUUGUUUCCGCAACGAAACACGUCACGCUCAAGUGAUGAAGCCGAUGAAAGUCUUUUUUAUGUUCUUUUUUUGCUUUUUUGUAUGCUUUAUGAGAAGGUAUGUUUUUAUUUCUAUUUUUCAUUAAGCUUAACUGUACUGCAUGGUUUUCACAGUGACGCUAUCAAAGUGUAAGCUUGCAGUUAAAAAAGCGAGGUUUUACGCUGUUUUGUUCAUACAUACACUGUACCAGGUUGAAGAUAAUAAAAGAUAGGUCUAUGUACAAGUUUCCAGAAAAGAAAGAGCUUUUAUUGAAAAAGUAAAUUCCAGAUGUUUUUGUUGCUUUCCAGCGGCCAUGUUAUUGGAUAUGAGACUUUGACUUUGAUCUUUCCCAGUUUAUUUUUUUGGUGCUGUGUUUAUUGUAUGACAGUAAAAACGAUCUACUGGACUGUAAAAAAUUAUAUUUUCUUCUUAUUUUGCUUCUUUUGUUUUCUAUGACACACAGUGGACAUGCUAACAGGCAACUACAGCGGUUUGUAUCGUCUAUUCAACAACUGUUGCAAGAAGUUGAUAGGUGUCGUAGUUCUCCUUUAGAUAGGGAAACUGCCGAUUUUUUACUCCUUAGGUUAGGUGGUGCAGUUCGCCAUAUGCAACAAGUUCUUUCCUUUGUAGAGAGAUCGGGUCAGUUUUCACCAACUGAAGUGAAUGAUCUGAGGAAUCUCGCAAGGGACAUAAGGGUAAUUGAGCAGUUAUUUCAGGAAUUACCAGUAUUCUCUCCUAGGUCAUGCUAUAGAGCACCUGUUAGGCACACUGGUUCUGUGGGCCGUCCUGCUUAUGAAAUUUCCAGGGAACAGUUGAUGCUCUUGCGGUCAUGUUUCUUUUCGUGGAGCACCAUUGCUAGCAUUCUGGGAGUAUCACGAUGGACUAUCCACAGAAGGGUCAAUGAGUUAGAGAUUCCCCAUUCCUUUGUGACAUAUUCACACAUUCCAGAUAUUGACUUGCAGCAAAUAGUACAAGAAGAACUUGUUUCAAUGCCUCGUUGUGGGGAACGAUACAUGCAAGGGGCUCUCAGAAGGCGUGGUAUAUGGGUCCAGCGCUGGAGGGUGCGUGAUGCCCUGAUCAAUCUGGAUCCAAUAGGCAGAGCCUGCCGCUGGGCUCAGCAAAUUCCUCGAAGGCCAUACCGAGUUCCACAUCCCAAUUUCCUAUGGCACAUUGACAGUAAUUUAAAGUUACGGCACUGGCGUUUUGUAAUUCAUGGAGGUAUUGAUGGUUAUUCCAGGCUGAUUGUUUACCUCAGAUGCAGUAACAACAAUAGAGCUGCUACAGUGCUUUCAUUGUUCCGCGAAUCAAUAAAUAUAUGGGGUUUGCCUUCCCGGGUAAGAGCAGAUGAUGGUGGAGAAAAUGUUGCUGUAGGAGAUGUUAUGGUUCAUUAUAGGGGGGAAAGUCGUGGUAGUUUUAUCACAGGACCAAGUGUUCACAACACAAGGAUUGAGAGGUUAUGGCGUGAAGUGGUUCACUGUAUAUUGUUCUCCUUCAAAAAUGUCUUUCUGCAUUUGGAACAAAUGGGUUUGCUAAUUCGCAGCAAUGAUAUUGAUCUUUAUGCACUCCAUUAUGUCUACAUGCCAAGGAUCAAUACUGCUUUAACACAAUUUGUGGACACUUUUAAUAACCAUGGACUUUCUAGUGAACAUGGCCUUACUCCUCAUCAGCUAUGGAUUUCUGGAAUUCUGCAGCAUCAUUCGUCCAAUUACUCUGGUGUUCGAGGGAUCAUAGACAAUUCAUUACCUGAAGAUCUUAAUAUGUAUGGAGAUGACCCCAAUGCACCUACACCUCAAGGGGAUGAUUUAUCUGGGGUGGAAGUGCCACAAAAUUCAUUACAUGUUCCACUUCAUGUUAUAACUGUGCUGCAUGAAACAUUUCCUCCUGGGGUGGAAGAUAGUAACCAAGGAAUGAACAUUUAUUUUCAAGUUAGACAAUUUUUAAUGUGUUAUUUUGCCUCUGGUUUCUAAAAAAACGCUACGGCCUUUUGAUGCUGUCACAGAGGUUAUUAUGGAGUUUAGAUAUUGGUAAAUAUUGUGGAUGUGUGGACAAUGCUGACUCCUGGGUUUAACUAAAAUAUGUUAUAUCAGUUGAGACAUUUGCAGCUUUCACUGUCCAUGUACUAGUCAAUAACGUACCUCUGACUCCUGAUUAUGCACAGUAAAAGAUUUUAUUGUGCUUCAGUUGAGUAUUGCAGAAGUCUCGACUGUACAACUGGCAGACAUAAAUCUGCUGUGUUAAAGAAUAAGAGCGCAUAUAAGUCAAAUUUUAUGGUUUUGAUUUUCCUUUUGUCCAAUUGAAACAAUUUCAGUGAUUUGAGGUAUAGCUUCAAUUCUUCGGUGAUUAUAUUUGCUCAAUAACUAUCAUCAAUUUCUACCAUGC